AUGUCUUCCAAAAAUGACAAAAAAAGCCAAGUCGAAAAAAGAAAAUCACUUUUUUUACCCACAAAAUAUCAAAAUGAUGAAAAACCAACUACAGAUAAAAAUCAUGAAAAUAUAGUAGAAAAAAGUAAACGUGAGAUUGAUGAUAUUUUCGCGUCUGUAAAGAUUCCCGCAAUUCCUAAUAAAUCGCAAUCUACCAAACGGAAGUUAAAAUUGAAUGACGAUGACGGAUUUAGCGAUUCCCGAGGGACAAAAAACCGAAAAAUUACGGAAGAUGGACUGCCUAUAUUUGACAUUAAAGAAUUGAAUAUUGGCCACGGAGGAGCAGUUACAAUUGGCAUUUUAGAAAUACAAGCUGUAGAGCAUAAACUGUUAAUAUAUGUUGCUUUUUUGAAAUUACAAUGA